AUGGAAGAAGAGUCCAAGCAUACAGACCAAGAAGAAGAAUGGUACAGUGAUGUACCAAGAGGAGUGAAAGAAAUUUCUACCCCAAAAAUUGAAAGUCAACUUUCUGAGUUGACUAAAGUAGUGAUGAUGCUUGCAAAGGACAAGGGUGUGCAACCACCAACAGUUAGACCUUGUGGUAUUUGUACACAAGUUGGACAUCCCACUGAUAUGUGCCCCAUGUUACAAGAAGAUGUAGAGCCAGUUCAAGCUAUGGGAUUUUCAAGUCAACAACAAGGAAACUUCCAACCAAGAAGCAAUCCAAAUUGGCAUCAACUUAAUGCCAAUUUUCAGCCAAGACCACCACCUUAUCAACCGAGACCCCCAUUUCAAAAUCAAAUGCAUCACCAACAAAGUUAUCAACCACAUUUCCAGCCAACUCAACCUCCUCAUCAAUCUCAAUUCCAACCUCAAAACAUGCAUCAAGGAAGUAGUUCAAGUGGAUCAGGAAUGUCUUUGGAAGACAUUGUUAAGAGUUUAGCCACAAGUACUCAAACAUUUCAAAAUGAGACCAAGGCGAGCAUUAAGACUUUAGAGCAACAAAUGACUCAACUUGCCACUUCUGUGAGUAAAUUGGAGUCACAAGGCAAACUACCCGCACAAACUGAGAAGAAUCCAAAACAUAGUGCAUGUGCCAUCACUUUGAGGAAUGGCAAAGAAUAUGAAGCAAAAUUCACUCCUCCUCCAUUUCCUUCAAUAUUAAGCAAGUCAAAGCGUGAAAGGGAAGACAAUGAAAUCAUGGAGAUGUCCAGGAAGGUUGAGGUAAAUAUUCCUCGUAUUGAUGCCAUCAAGCAAGUCCCAAGAUAUGCUAAAUUCCUUAAGGAAUUAUGCACAUCUAAGAAAAUACUGAAAGGGAAUGAAACUGUCAAAGUGGGUGAAAAUGUGUCAGCAGUGUUACAGAAAAGACUACCUCAAAAAUGUAAGGAUCCAAGUGUUUUCACGGUUCCUUGCAAGUUAGGUAAUCUUCAUGUUCCACGGGCUAUGCUAGACCUUGGAGCUUCUAUCAAUGUUUUGCCAUAUUCCAUUUUUAAAAAUUUAAAUAUUGGCACAUUGAAGAAGACCGGGGUAAUCAUUCAAUUGGCUGAUAGAUCUUUAGUACAUCCCAAAGGUGUGCUAGAAGAUGUAUUAGUCCAAGUGAAUGAAUUAGUGUUUCCAGCAGAUUUUUAUGUCCUUGACAUGGAUGAUGAUGACUCACUAAAUUUGAGUUCAAUUCUCCUAGGAAGACCCUUUUUGAAAAUAGUCAGGACAAAAAUUGAUGUUUAUGAUGGUACAUAA